AUGACUGAAGCAAGUGAGAUUUUGCCAUCAAUACUUGACUCAAUGGGUCGGAACAUUAGCAGCAGCUGUCUGGACGAUUUAGAGGCGUUCUUGCAAGCUGUUUUACGCCGGGACGAUUGGGCGUUGCGAAUGUUGGAUGCCUAUGGUAAACCAGCAAGCGGCAUAUUAGAAGGACAUAUCACAUGGCUGGGAAAUUUUGAUGAGUGUGUCUCUAUAAACAUGGAAUCCCCAGAUAAAAUGAAUUUAAAAGAUGGCGUCAGACAGAACUCUUCGUUUAUAGGAAAGUACUGUUUGUUAUCAGUGCCUAUCAGUGAUGAAAUCAAUAGCUUGACCGGGCAGUUGAUGUUUUCGUUGGGGACGUGCUUACCCAAUACUUGCAGCGCCGAUGACGUCAAAGGUCUUGUUACCAGUUUUUCUAGUAUACUACCAACAAAUAUGACAGUACCACCUGCAAGUGUUGUGUGUCAGGAAAAUACCAUGCUGUUAACGGAUGCUGCCAUUGCUAUAUCAUCUGAAAAUGUGAAAAGAAAAGAAGUAAAAGACGGCACAAGUUCACAUGUUGAAAACAAAAAUUUGAAGAGAACAGGAAUAUUCGGCAGACUUCUUCUGUCAUUUUCCUUACAUAGAAACGUACCAAAACUUCUGAACACGAAGCAGACGACAGGAACGCUCACGUGCGUGAACGGUAUACGCUUCAUAAGUACAUCAUGGGUGUUACUGUGUCACACAUACAUGAUGGGGCUACCUGUUCUAGGAAAUGCAGCCACAUUUUUACCAAAAAUGUUGAAAAGAUUUACAUUCCAAGCUGUUAUGAAUGCAUUCGUUUCUGUGGAUACAUUCUUUAUUCUCAGCGGUAUGCUCGUAGCCUAUCUCUCUCUUCGUGAAAUGAAGAAAGUUGGAGGACCAAAGAAGUUUAACUGGUUCUUGUUCUACUUCCAUAGAUUCUGGAGACUUACUCCCCCGUACAUGCUAAUCUUCAUGCUGUAUGUAACGACGUUUAAAUAUUGGGGUGACGGACCGAUAUGGCUUCAGCAGGGUUUGGACAAAAACGAUUGCAAGUCAACAUGGUGGACCAAUCUGCUAUACAUUAACAACAUUGUUCAUGAGAACGAAGCGUGUAUGGGAUGGAGCUGGUACCUGGCCAAUGAUAUGCAAUUUUAUGUUAUUAGCCCAUGUAUGCUGGUUCCCCUCUUCUAUUCACCAAUUCUUGGAAGCUUGUCGUGCCUUGCGUUCAUCAUGGUCAGUGUUGUGUCACGUGGUCUGAUAUCUAAACAUUAUGAGUUUAAUGCCAACCUGCUGUUCAGCACAGAUAUGGAUGAUAUAUUUGAAAUAUACUUCAAACCUUGGUCAAGGAUAGGACCUUAUGUUGUAGGAAUAUAUGCAGGAUAUUUAUUGUACAAAACAGAGUGUAAAAUAAAAUUCUCAAAGUUGAUAAACUGUGUUGGAUGGAUGUUGGCUACAUGUGUCGCUAUAGCCGUGGUAUAUGGACUGUACACACCGGACGGUUCAACGGAUAAAUUAAAUGUUGACAUGUCCGCCCUGUACAAUGCCACUGCAAGAAUAGCAUGGUCAUUUUCCGUUGCUUGGGUGAUACUCUCGUGUGCGACUGGAUAUGGUGGACCUGUAGAUGCUUUCCUCUCAUGGAAAGGUUUUGUCCCUCUCAGUCGUCUGACAUACUGCGCUUAUUUGUUACAUCCGAUCGUCAUCUCAUUACAAGUGUAUAGCAGACGAACCUUAGAGCACUGGUCUGACAUAGAACUGAUUUAUAGAUUCAUUGGUCACAUGUGUAUUACGUAUGUAUCCGCAUUUGUGAUAUCUCUGGCAUUUGAGUCUCCGAUGAUUGGACUCGAGAAAUGUUUGCUUGGUCGGAAGAAAAACAAUUAGAUCCUCACGCACUUUAUUAUAAUAAUAUUUACACAUAAUGCAUCUAUGAAAUGGAUCGUUUACAACAUUGUCCAAACAAAUGGAACUACUCUGUAUUCUGCAAUAAAAGUAUA